CUCCGCCUCCCCUCUCAGUUUAACUUAUAUGGCAACACACAAAGUUGUGUUGAGUGACACUGGCUGGGGCAUGAUAUAGAGCGAGACAGAGAGCGAGCGUUUGACACAACAUGGGAUAAGGAUCACAGAGCUGAACAGAAGUAGCAGUGCCGGCCUCAUUGGUAACCAAUGGCUGCCUCGGUGCAGACCCUCCCUCGAACGCGAAACUCCUCCAGCAAGACCUUCCGCUCGGCCCCGCCUCUCUCCUCCAACUGCACCAUGGGAAGUGUAGGCAGUCUGGUGGAGAGGCCAGACGUUUCCCAGACCAAGAACAGUCGUGCCAUGCCACAGGUGAGGCCCCGGCAAAGCAAUGGGCUCCUGAAGAAGGGCUUCACCCAGAGAGACCUGCUCAACUACCUCAACAUCAGCAGGAAGGAGCCAAGAACAAAUCCAGGAAGUAGGAAUAAAACGGAAGUUAUCUCUGGCUGCACUUCUCUCAACGGGCUCGAGGAUGAAAGCCUCUACACCAAGGUUUACAAUAAAGACGGAACCGAAAUAGACGUGGGGAAAAACUCACUGCCCAUCGGCGGGAAGUAUGGAAAGACUCACUUCAGGCCUUCCGCCUUCAAGCGUGUCUCGCCCAAAAACUUCAGCUCCAUGCAGAACCUGUACCCCACCUCCCCGGUAGAGGACCUGGACUACAGGAACAACGGGAUACCCCAGGCUUACGGCCAGCCGCCCCCGGCCGUCUCCUCCUCCUCCUCCUCUUCCUCGCCUUCCCGCCAUGGGAGAGCCAGCAACACCACAACGAUAACAGCAACGUCCAGCGCGGGCCACAAGGCCUUGGCUUGCUUGCGCGGCGCCAGUCAAGAGGAUGACAACAUGUCCGACUCGGGACACAACUCCAUGAACAGCCUGCCGCCGUACCGCCCGCCCUUCCGCCCACACCUGUCUCAAAUCAGCGCGUCCACGGGCCACAUCAACACCAUCGGCUCCCUGGACCGCUCCUGCAUGGGGCCCCGGGGCGUGGGCCCGGGGGGGGCCGUGAUGGGGGGCGACAUGGCGGUGACCUGUCGGAGCAUGGCCACCCUGAGCCACCUGACGCCCUGUCCGGGGGAGGCCCCGCCCCCCUACGAGCUCCCCCUGUCCCUGUCCAUGGAGGAUGUGGUCCGGGAUCUAGAGGAGCGCCUGGUGGAGAAGGAGUACGAGCUGAAGCAGAUGAGGAGGAACCUGGACGAGAGCGAAGGCGCCAUCGCUCAGGUGUUCGAGGGGAAGCAGCGGCUGUGGGAGAAGGAGGUGGACGAGCUCAAGGGCCUGUACGCCGCCAAGCUGAGGCAGCUCUCCCAGCACGCCCAGCGCUCCCAGCGCAGCCUCCAGCUGCAGCUGUACCGGGCCCAGCAGGAGAAGGGUCGCGCCCAAGAGGAGCUGGACAGCCUCCGCAGGGUCAAGGGUCAGGAGGAGGAGGAGGAGGUGGGCGCAGUCAGCCCCACCCUGGAGGAGACCCGCUGGCAGGUGUGUCAGAAGUCGGGGGAGAUCUCCCUGCUGAAGCAGCAGCUGCGGGACUCCCAGGCGGAGGUGACCCAGAAGCUGAGCGAGAUCUUCCAGCUGAAGACCCAGCUGAGGGAGACGCGCGGCGAGCUGCGGAGCCGCGAGGGCCAGCUGGACACGCUGAAGACGGCGCUGCAGGGCACGCUGCAGCGCCGCUACACCUGCCUCAGCCAAUCGCACGAGGAGGACGCCGCUGCGGGCGGAGCCACGGGUGGGGUCGUGGCCCCGGUGGAGGACCGCCUGCGGGCGGAGCUGCUCCUGGAGCGCCGGCAGAGCGAGGCGCAGGCCGACGCCUUCGAGGAGGAGAGGCGCACGUGGCAGGCCGAGAAGGACAAGGUGAUCCGCUACCAGAAGGAGCUGCAGGCCAGCUACCUGGACAUGUACCACCGCAGCGAGGCCCUGGAGGCGGAGCUACACCUGGCGAGGGCGGGGCCGGAGGGCUGGGAGAAGGCGGGAGGAGGAGGAGGAGGAGAGGGAAGAGGUGGCGGUGGCGUUGCCGCCGGCAACAGCGGCAGCGGGAGCGGGACGCUAGAGCGGGACGGGUUCCCGUCGGAGUCCGGGAGGGCGGAAGAGGACGGACGUUCCUCUGGCCUGCCGUGGAUUGAGAGAAUCGAGUCGUCAGAGAUCUGAUCACUCAGGUCGACGAACGUAGUAACUCCUUGACGACUAAGCUUCAGGAUUUGUCCCUCCGUCAACCCUCCCUCGCCUUGUUGAUUUGAGCUCCCCUCCCAUGAUCCCAUCCACACCUCCCUCAGAAAAAACACUGCUGCUGACAAUAGCUGCACUGAACACUACCAACCUUUGGGAAUGGCCCAACCAGCCUUCAGACUUCCUAAUGAAGAAUCCUCUGUGUAUUUAAGAUAAUGAAAUCGACUUGUUUUGUAACCUGUUCCAUUGUUUGGUUAUCUUUGUACACAUAUUUGGAAUUACUGAACUCUCUUUAAUCCAAAUUCAAAGGGAUUCAAAGGGAUUUGUGGCCAAGCACCUGUUGCACAUAAUGUCUGUGCAUAAAGGGCACAACCUAGAGCCUGUGGAAGAGCCACGCCACUGGCUUAAGUAUGGAGGAUUAGGACUAGCCAGGAGCCAGACACUAUGGUUCUGCUGAGUUCUACCUGUUUCUCCUGCCCCGGGACGCCAGCUCACCUCAGCAGAUCAAACGGUUUGUAGAUGACUCAAACUGAUUUUUAUUUUACCAAACAAAAGGGUAUACUUACUGUAUAAUAAGUGCAUCGUUUCACUUUCUGCAGAGUUCUACAAAAAUGAUAUUCAAAAAACAAUGCCCAGCUCAGUGACUAGCUGAGAAGACCUUACUUGAUCUGCCCCAUGUUUAAUGCAACUGUUUUCAAAGAAAAAAAGCGAUGAUAUACUGUGACUUGUGUUCUUUUACUGGAAUAACUGUACAAAAUGUAUAUAAUGUUUGCUCGGACUGAAUAAUAAACAUAUAUCAACAGUG